AUGGGUAUGGCUAUCACAGCUUACAAAAUUAAACAUGCUGGAGAUAGAUAUGCUACUUCUUUAAUUAUUUCUGGUUUCACAAGAAUGUUAAAACAUUGGUGGGAUAAUUAUCUCUCUGAAGAUAAUAGAGCCCAAAUUCUAGGAGCCAUAACCAUAGGUUCUGUAUUAAAAAUGGAAGGAAAUAACCAAGUAGCCGUUGAAGAAGCAAUGGAAGAUGCUUCAGCAACACUAAUUUACAGUAUUGCUAAACACUUCAUUGGAGAACCAAAACAUUUCCAAGAUAGAAGUCUAGAAUUAUUAAACAAUCUUAAAUGCCCCAAAUUAGAUGAUUUUAGGUGGUAUAAAGAUAUGUUCCUAGAAAAAGUUAAGAUAAGAGAAGACUGUGGUAAUGAUUUCUGGAAAGAAAGGUUUAUUAGCAGUCUACCUUCAUUAUUCACCGAAAAGGUUAGAACCAAAAUCAAGGAUAGGUUCAAUGGAAGAAUCCCAUAUGAAAACCUUACCUAUGGAGAUAUAAUUAGUUAUAUUAAUGUAACGGGAUUAGAUCUAUGCACAGAUUUAAAGCUGAAAAAUUUCUUAGAAAAACAUCAACAACAAUCUCGAAAGGAUUUAGGAAGCUUUUGUCAAGACUUUGGUUUUGAAACAAUCUCAGCACCAUCCAAAACAUCGAGUAAAAUAGCAAAGAAAUCUACUACUUCAAAACCUCAUUAUAGGAAAAAGAAGAAUGUAGAUAAUUCUUAUAAAAACAAAAGAUUUAAAAGAUCACCAAAAAAGAAUUCUGGAGAUACAUGCUGGACAUGUGGCAAAACAGGCCUCAGAUCUAAUGAGUGUCGAGUCAAUAAUAGAAAGAAAAAGAAGAUAAAUCUUCUUGAAGUUGAUGAUAAAAUAAAAAAUGAACUCUACACUAUUUUAGAAGAUAAUGACAACACUUCAUCUUCUUCUAGUGAAAUUAGUGACAUCGAAAUCUAA